AUAUGGAAAGGAAAACCCCAGCAAAAACCCUAGCCAGGAAACUCCCGAUCGAGCUGAGACACACAGAGAGGGGUUGAGAUGGGGAGGUCAAGAAGGAAGUACAAGCAAUCGAGGCCGAAGGUGAGAGUAGGUCUCCCAAGGAAGAACCCUCACGUCUUCAAGCCGGCUUUCAACCUCCCUCCCAAGCUCCGGUCGUCUCUCCUGGAGGAGACUCACUCCAAAUGGGACGACAAAGCCAGUGUCAUCAAGAACUACAAGUCCUUCGGCGUCGUCUCUAACCCUAACUUCCUCGGCGUCCGUUCUCGCACUUCCCACAUCAUCGAGAGCGACUCUCUGCAAGUCCCUGAUCCUCGGCUCUCCGAUCAAUCCGCCGAUGAGUUGGAGCUCAUUGAUUCCGGAAGUGAUCUCGAAGAAGAUGACUUGAAAACAGCACUUGGAAAGAAGUGAAGAGAUGGAAAAACCACGAGAUUUAAACCAUUGACUGCCAUGCAACGAGUUCAUGUUGGCCGACUGAUAGAGAAGUAUGGAGACGAUUACCAGGCAAUGUUCAUGGAUACAAAACUAAACCAGAUGCAGCAUUCAGUUGCAACACUGGAGGACUUGUGCAAGAGAUACCACAUGUUUGGCGAUAAAAAUCCGUUGAUAGUGUCUGGUUGAGAUUGGUCCAUUUCCUUAUUGUCAGAUCUUUUGAGCUUGUAACAGUAUCGCGUGAUACCCAUGAAAGUUAUAUAACUUAUACGGAUGAGCUAGUGAUCUUAUUAGUGCAACUGAAAUUCCUGAAAUCCCCUUUGGUUUGUUACACUCUUCUUUCAAACUUUCAUACUUACUCUCCUCUUUAUGUUAGUUGAAGACUUGAAGGAAAUUAAGUGAUUUAAGUGUU